AUGUCUACAGUAAUAACAUCAUCCUGUGCUGGUAACGGGUUAUCCAACAGCCCGCUCUCAGUUUUUGCAAAUAAAUUUUUUCAAGAUUAUGGCAUUGCUUCCUCAACAAGGAAAUUGAUAGAACAAGGAAGAAAUACGACUGAUUCCUUUCGUCUUUCAAAUCUUGAAAGAAAAUGGCAAGAAACCGGGAGAAAUAAUUAUAAUGAAGGGUUGAAUGGCUGGAAUCAUUUUAUUCAACAGAGUGAAGAUAAUGAAAAUUGGCUUACGACCGAAUUUAUGAUUUCAGAACAAGAUAUCGAGGAAGAAGAGUUUCGGCAAGAAUGGAGUGAUGAGAAGUUCACCGAGGUUUAUAUCAAACAACGUGGGCUGGACCAAUCUCAUAAUGACAAAACUUCUUCACAAAACAUACCGAUACGUUCCUGUGAGCGUCCUUUCGUUAAAGAAUUUAUAAGUAUUAUGUCGUGCCAAGAUUCAUCCUUACUCCAUUUUUCACCUGAAGAGUACUCCUCGUUUAUAGCCAAUGAUCAUACUAUCACAUACAAUACUCUACAUAACGACUUACUCCAAGCUCAAAUUUAUCUCCUUGAUCACCUUCUGUUCGCUAUCUUAGAAUGCCCAAUGACAACGACUUGUAGACCCUCCCCAGAAGCGGAAUGGAAUUGGGCUAGAUUAUUUUCACCAUCACGAUGGUGUAAGAACGACGAUACUAAAACAUUAGAUGGUGAAUACAUACAAAAUGUGGCAUUGGAGAGGUUGCAACUUUUACUGGGGCAUAUAAUUGACCCUGAUAUCGAUCGGAAUAAAGAAACGAGGUAA